AGUGGGCAGGGCCGACGCGCCACUGGCCUGAGCGGCAGAAGGAGCAACGGGCCACCUUCUUGCUCUGCUGAGAAAUCGUUCUCCCUGCAGAGCGUGACAAGGGCAGGUGGUGGGCCUCUCUGGGACGUGACGGACAGGUGUCACCAGGCGGCCCCUCCCCAGACGGGAAGAGCCUUGCGGCCUGACCUGUUCUGGGCCCCAAACGCAGGUGUCCCGGUGGUGGCCACGGCCCGGCCGGUGCUGAGGGUCUGUCUUGGGUCCUGAGCCCAGCACGUCGCGGCUGCCGUGAUGAGGUAUACGCCAGAAAUCAAGAAGUCCCCGCCGCACCUCCUGAAGAAGUUCGCAGUGUGCGACAUCCCCCUGUAUGACAUCUGUGACUACAACGUCUCCAGGGACCGCUGUAAGGAGCUCGGCUGCUGCUUCUACAAAGGUGUCUGCUACGAGAAGGCGGUCCCCGUUUACGUGCAGGUGUUCUCCGCCCUGAUCGUGGUCAUCGCCGGCGCCUUCGUCAUCACGAUCAUUUACAGAGUCAUUCGAGAGAGUCGGCGAGAAAAGGAGGUCCGGACGGAGGCCACCAAACCACCUGCGUCCCCUCCACCUGAGCCCAGUGCCAAGGAUGAGGCUGUGUCACCCGGUAGUCAGAUAACGUCGAAUACUGUGGGCAAGGCACCCUCGAAGAAGAGCGGCGAGUCCGAGGAAGCUGUAAUGACGCUCUCAGAAACUGAUGAAACUGCGUACUGACAGGCACGAGGACAGAGGCUCGCAGACAGCGUGAUGGGGUGGCGGGUGACCCCUGCUGAGAGCUGUGCCAGAGUGACCCGGCAGGGAAAGUAAAGGCCUUCGCCACCUUGUCAGGCGGGCAGACGAGAGGAAGCAGGACCCAGCGGCCGCACAUC